CAUCAUGAACGUUCGCAUUUUCAUCAUUUUCCUCCAAAUUUCUCUAAUUUCCUGCUACGGAAACCACGAUCCCCAAUUCGUAGCUGGGCGAUCGGGCAUCGUUCACCUCUUCGAAUGGAAAUGGCUCGACAUCGCUCACGAAUGCGAAUCAUUUCUCGGCCCAAAUGGCUUCGCUGGAGUUCAAGUAUCACCUGUGCAAGAAAAUGUCAUUAUCCCAAAUCGCCCGUGGUACGAAAGAUACCAACCGCAAUCGUAUAAAAUCAUCACUCGCAGUGGCAAUGAAGCGGAAUUCGCGGAAAUGACAAAGAGAUGUAAUGCUGCCGGGGUCCGAAUUUACGUUGAUAUCAUUUUUAAUCAUAUGGCGGCGCAUCAAGGCGACGGAACGGGAGGUUCAAGCACGAAUGUCAGUGAAUUGGAGUUUCCGGAAGUGCCUUAUAGCGCACAACAUUUCAACGAAAAUUGCGAAAUUCAAGAUUACACGGAUGCGGUUCAAGUUAGGGACUGUCGUCUUGUCGGUUUGCCCGAUUUAGAUCAAAGCAGGGAAGGAGUUCGAUCGAAAAUUGUCGAUUUGAUGAAUAAAUUGAUCAAUUUGGGAGUUGCUGGAUUCCGAGUUGAUGCUGCGAAACAUAUGUGGCCUUCGGAUUUGGAAAUUAUCUAUGGAAGGUUGCUGAAUUUGAACACAGAAUUUGGAUUUCCGAUGAACGCGAAGCCAUUUAUCGUGCAAGAAGUCAUCGAUUUGGGCGGCGAAGGCAUCAACAAGUACGAAUACGAUUUCAUGGCAGCAGUGACGGAAUUUAAAUUUUCCGCGGAAAUUGGAAAAUGCUUCAGAGGCAAGACUCCGCUCGCAAAAAUGUCGAAUUGGGGCGAAGAAUGGGGAUUUCUUCCGUCGAAUCAUGCGCUUGUCUUUGUCGAUAAUCAUGACAAUCAACGAGGACAUGGCGCAGGAGGUGAAGAUAUUUUAACGUACAAACAAGGAAAAAUUUAUAAAAUGGCAGUUGCGUUCACUUUGGCACAUCCUUAUGGCAUUCCCCGAAUUAUGAGCUCUUUUGCCUUUGACAACAGCGAUCAAGGUCCUCCAAUGGAUGCCGAUGAAAAUUUAAUUUCGCCGACUUUUGAUGCGGAAACGGGUCAAUGUAACGACGAAAAAUGGAUUUGUGAACAUCGAUGGCAGGAAAUUCGAAAUAUGGUUCAAUUUAGGAACAAAAUGGGAGAUUCUGCCGUUCAGAAUUGGUGGGAUAAUGGCGAUAAACAAAUAGCUUUUGCGAGAGGGAAUAAGGGUUUUGUUGCUUUUAAUUUGCAAGAAGAUGCAGAUUUGGAAGAAGAAUUGUCAACGGGAUUGAAAGCAGGGAAAUAUUGCGAUGUGGUGUCGAAAAGUUGGGAAAAAUGCUUUGUUGUUGAUGAAAAUGGAAAAGUAACGAUCAAAAUUGCGAAAGAUGAUCCUAUUGGAUUUGUUGCUCUCAUGAAUGAUGUAAGUCGGGUAGUUUCUUAUGCGGUUUUGGUUUGUUUUUGUGUCUUUUUAACAAUAUUAACUGCUUAAAAAUUAAUAAAAACUAAC